UGUCGAGUUGCCGUGGUAGUAAGUGAAGAACCUUUGACGGGAGAUGAUGGUCACGUACCGCCGCUCCUCAGUUGUGAGUGCAGUGAUGUGCUAGUGCGUGUAGUGCCCAGUGUGCAUUGAUUAGGCCUUAUGGCGGCACCGGACAACAGUCCACACCUUAAGCGUGUGUUGCGCAGUUAUCAAAAUAGUGCGAUGUCCAGUCUCCAUGGGCCGGGACCUAACUGUUACCUAAACGACACGGGCAGGAUGGGCGUAAGUAAAAAGGUGGCAGAUUGUGACGACGACCGUCCCUCCAUCAAGCAGCUCGACGCCACCACCAAGCACGAGUUGUACCGCGGGAUCAGCUACAAAAAGGCGCUCCUCUACGAGGUAGACCAUAAAAAGAACAAGGUUGAAAAUGGUCCUCGUCGUUGCAUUGUUGAUAUUGAAAGUAGGCGACUUCAAACAUCCAGUCUGCCCACCAACCACACGCCCACGGCUGGUCCACAGCCCACCCAGCCCGACUGUAAAGACACCUCCGUAGAUAUCACUACCACCACCACAACCACUGCCAGCCUCGUCCGUAACUCUGCCAGCGACACUGCCACCACCUGCAACUCUGCCAACAUCACCACCAGUGCGUCUGACUCCACCACCGGAGUGGAGGAGUCGUGGGUGGAACCCGGGGUGUUUUUAGCUCCGGCGCCCUUCCCGCCGCAACCUUGGCCGGUGCUGGCCGCAGCAGACAAGGGUUCUCCUGGUGCAGGUUGGGUUCGAGAGACCCUGCUUGACGGGGAACCCAUCACGUGUUUUAAUGUGGGCGGAGAAAUGCGACUGUGUUUGCCGCAAAUCUUGAAUACUGUCCUGCGAGACUUUUCCCUGAGCCAGAUCAACGCUGUGUGUGAGGAACUGCGUAUAUAUUUGGAUGGCUGUAACGAGGCUCAGCUGGAUGCCCUCAGGGUAGCAGGUGUCCUUCCCCAUUGCGCCCCUUCCUGCGGCCUCAUCACUAACACAGACGCCCAGAGACUUACUCAAGCCUUGUUGUAUGCCCAUCCCACCCGCGCCCCUGUCCCUGACCCUUCUAAGCCUCAGGAUCACCCAAAGCUGCGUGUGUAUCACACCUGCUUUGGAAAGUGCAAAGGGCUGGUGUGGGACGACCUCUACACCAAUCCCAACGCCGCCUGCAUUGAGUGCGAGGAGUGCCAUGGCCUGCUGCCUCCGGCACGCUUCGUCUGCCACGCCCACAGGUCUCUUGAGAAUCAGACCAUUCACUGGGGAUUUGACGCAGAGCAGUGGCGAACCUACCUUCUAUUGGCCAAAGACCAACAGCUUCCCCUUGAAAAGGCCGAAGCACAAUUGAAAGGUUUCAAGAGCAAGUUUGACCCCGUCGGUGCAAACUACAAGCGCAAACAGGUAAGCGUGUGGGCCGAGGGACAGCAGAGGCGGCAGGUACGUGUGAGUGCUGGCGCCGCGGAAGUGACACGAGCCCCCCGCCACCGCCCCCGCCCCCCUGCAGCCCAGGUGAGUCUUGCCGGCGCUCCCUCCCUGACACAACGAGGCGCCCUGGCUCAGGAUCGUGUGGAGACUAAGGAGGAGCUCCCGAAGAAGGUUCGAGCGGAAGAGGCGCCAACCCCCUUCACCACAUAUGAUCCGAUGCUCUCCUACAUGUGGCGGUGCGCCUCUAUGGUUCCUCCCUGGACGGCCGCCCCACUUGUCACUCGUGACGGCAAACCGCUGCCUCCGCCACCCCCGGCCUUUGUCAGGGACAGUGUGCCAGCGCCGUUACCUGCUUACCUGAGUCAGGGGCCGCCCGUCCUUGCUGAUCCUGGACGCGUGGUGCCGCUGUCCGACUCCCAAAAGUUCGAGCGCCAUUACCAACCCAACGUUGCCCUCGCUCCUCCCAAGGUUAGGGACAAAACCCUCCGCAACUCACUGCCUCUCUCAGACCACUGCCAUGACGUCCCUAUCAAGCACCAAAUGUAUGCGAUUGAAGACUGCAUCAAGCGAGAGAACUCCCCGACAAUACUGCCAUGCUCCCAGCCCUCCUCACAACAUUCUGUCGUCAGCAAACUCACCCAGACCAACAACCACUACCACAAUCCACACCACCACCACCACCACCUCCCUAGGAAACUGUGCAGUCCAGACACCAGUGGGCGACACCCGGAGCUGGAGCUCUCCACCACAGAUUCUGACACAGAUUCCGUGGGAUCCUUAGCCAAUCACAGUGAGACAGUGGAGGAAGCUGAGGGGUUGUUGCGGGGUUGGUCUGAUAGGGCAGCUGCAGGCAAGGUGAGACAACUUGUGGCUAACCUGGUAGCUGAUCUUGCUGCCAGUAACAGACAAAAGGCAGCUCUGAAGCAGCGUAUGGAGGCAAUGACUCGUGACCACAGUCAUGCUGUCGUCACUCUACAAAGCCAGAUUUUGGCAUCUACUCAACUUAGUAAAGAGAGUCAGUUUCGUGAAAAGCUGUGUGUGAUGGAGGAGGAGCUGCGUGUCCGACCCACCCACUCUGUGAUAACUCCCAUCUCCCCUGUGAAGACAGAGCCCAGUGAAGUCAUUGACACGUGUUAGACUACCACUUGUGCACUGGCUCAUGCUGUCCCCAGUACCACAGUACAAAUGUGGCGCUGAAGUGCCGCCCGGGCUCCUUGCUGCUGUUGCUGCUAAUACUGCCGCCGGGCACCUGGGCCCAGGCUGCUGCUGCAGACCCGUGGCUGGUGUGGCUGCGGGUGGCCGCCCCUCACCAGCUUAAUGCCUCUCACUCUCAGUGUUGGGUGGGUGGAGGCUGCGCCAUGAUCUCAGCCCGUACUCACCGCACGGGUCUCACUUGGUGCUACGCCACAGCCGCGUGUCGGGCGGUGCCACUAGCCGUACAUGGUGCUCAUGUACAGAAGUGUACAGUGGCUUGGUGGUGAUGCCCGGCACCAGGACGCUCUGGGGGCCUAAGAGGGGCACACUGUCCCUGAGGGCCUAGGAAAAGCAAGUACAAACGCAUAAGUUAAUGAAUCUGCUUUUUUGGGGAAGGUUUAUUGUAAAAAUAUAAAUAUUAUAUAAAAGGUUUACUUUAUGGUAAGCCAACUGCCUGGUGAGUGGCAGGGGUAGUGAGGGAGGCCGGCUCACUAACACGUCUGCUCCACUACUCCUGCUACCAACCCUAAGCCACGCACGCGCGCACCAGCCCAGUGAUGACUGUCCCCGCAUCAGCUAUGCAGUGUUAAAUCGAGUCAGAUGUUGCUUGAAGCAUCUCACGUUGGUGGAGCACCGGCCGAGUGCCAUGACCACUGACCCACAAAACUGGCGUACCUGCCCAUAAAAGUUGUUGCCACUUGAAGAGAUUUAUAGUUGUAUUACUGAGGGUCUGUGGUCGUGGCACUUUCCGGGGCUGCUUAUUUGUGUUCAUCUAUGUAACUAGUUAAUUAUUGAUAUGUGUAAUGAUCAAAUCUUACACUUUUAUGUUAUUUAUAAUUCUCUUCUGUGGUAGUACACAUCGAGCCGUGCGUGGAGGGCAGAGUGUUCCUCUGUUGACCCUCACACACCUGGCCUGGCGGUCCGUGCCAAGUUCAUCUUGCCCCCCCUAACUUACCUGUCAUUUGUUUGUAAUAAGUACAUAAGGUUAUUUAGGUGACUCAUCAAGCAAAGCUUGGUCUAGGAUUUAUUAUUUUUGGUAGAACUGCCCCCCUCCCUCCCCCCUUUCUCCUCCAUGGCAGUUGUGAGCAGCUGGUCAUGGCCCUUGUGUUUUAGCUGCCAAUGUAGGCUGCCUCUCCCUCCACCUGAAACCCCCCCUGUGGUGGAGGCUGGUGGGUGGGUGAUGAAUGUGUGUUGGCCAGGAAGCAGCAUGAGGGAGAUGUGCCGCGGACAUGUGAUGUUCAUGGCAUGUAAUGCCUGGUUGGCUCAGAGCCCAGCACAUCCUCCCUCCCGCCUGGCACUGCUGCUACCAGCCAGGCGGCACCACUUGGCGGCAUGAGAGGGCCACACUACAGUCAGCCCUGCAGAUGUGACAACUUUCAAAAGCCUGAAUUGUUUGUUAUACUCAAUGGGGUGCACUCUAAAAUAAAUUGUGUCCAAAGAA